AUGGCGUCGAACACUGCACUAAGGAAAAGUGCUGACAAAGCCAUAGGUGAACCCAAGAGCAAUGAAAAUAAUGAUCUUCCUCAGAGGGAAGACAAAGAUCCGGACUUAAUUCUGAGCCAGUACACCCUGGGCUGCCUGACAGUCGUGAACGGAAGUGGACCAGGUGCUGAGAUUGCCUUGGCCAAGUGUGCUAAUAAACUUAACCAAAAGUGGACCUCUGUCGGUGAUGUUCUCAUUUGGGAGGGGAAUCCUUCUUGCUGUCUUGUUCCAGAUUACAAGAAAAAAGUUGUCACGUUAGGUGAUGUCUCGUUAUCGCCACCGCAGUGGGUAUACGAUGCAAAAGAGAGAUUUGUCAUUGAUGAAACAAAUGCCCUUUUCGUUCCUUCAGAAAAGCCAAGGACAGCCGUGACGCUGCGUCCCUUGCAAGACAACCAAAAUGAAAAAUGGUGGAAAUUUUCAGACCUGGACGCCAUGCUGGAUGGAGCUCCGCCAGCUCAGUAUCCAGUUCCAGACACAGACAUAGCUACUUACAAGCAGGAACUUGCAAGAGGAUUGAACAACGAAUUCACCUCAGCGACAGAGCCGCUACCUUACGAAAGAGAUGUUGCUACGUUUCCAGGCAAUGUUCCAUCAGGUACCCCUAGAAUCGACAGAACUCUUGUGCUCGAUAUUUCAGUUCUCGGUCAGAUAAGAGACUUUCGCAUGACAGCCCCUCAAGACUGGCAGGUAACAGAUCUUUACGUAGCUGCAGGCGACGUAGUAGAAAUAAUAUUACCCGGUUCACUAUCAGUGGAAAGAGCUUCACAGAUUGCUGUGAGAGUUGGAGCUCACAUAGACUUUCUGAAGGACACAUCUGCCAAUGUGAAGCAUAAACACCAAUGGAAAAGAAUGCCAAUAGUCACUGAAACAUUUGAGUUGCAACCAGGAGUUAAUAAGAUACGAAGCCAGUAUGGGGGCCAUCUCAUUUUCAUGCUCACAGAGGGAGACAAUUUUAAAGUUGAGGCUGAAGUGAAAAAUGUUGUGGAAUCCCCUUACUUCAGAUCAGGCGAAACAACAACAGCCCAGUGGAAGAAGGAACUUGAAAAAGGGACACCUUACGUCAUUCUUGAGACAGAUAAAGUUGUCGCAGUCAUUGCAGCUUCAGAUGCAAAGAACAUAACUGAUCCAGACUCUCUGAUGAACAGAUAUGAUGAAGUCAUAACCAUGCUUAAUUUUGCAGCCGGUUUUGACGAGACAGAACUUCCACCCAGGGGAAAAUACUGGCUAGUGAAUGACAUCCAAAUAACGGCUGGAACAGCGCACGCUGGAUUUCCAGCAAUGUUCGAUCGCUCCUACUACGACAUGGGCAGCGGCGACACUCCAUAUGACUGGGUAACCUGGCAUGAACUCGGCCACAACUACCAACAGAUGCCUUACUGGGAAAAUGCCUACUUUGUGGAGACUACAGUGAACUUGUUCUCGCUCUACAUCCAGGACCAGUUAUUUGGUGAGGAUCGACUCGAACAGAAGGAUAAAUACAACAAGACAGCAGACGCCGUUGAUGCAGGACUCACCUACGACGAAGCAGAUGUAUGGCAAAAGCUCGUCUUCCUGAUGGAGAUCAAAUACGCCUUUCCCGAAACGGGUUGGGAAAUGUACCGACAACUGCGUAAGGUGACUCGUGCUCUGUGUGAGGAGGACGCAGAGGACCUGAAGAACCCAGGCCAUCGCCAAAAACGGCUGGUUCAUGUUUACAAGAACUUGAGUAAAUCUUAGGGGUCCGACCUGAUUGGGACUUACAAACGCUGGGGUAUUACCAUUUCCCAGGGGGCGCAGGGUGAGAUUGCUGCUCUGGGGCUCCCAAAGGCACCUGAGGAUUUAUCACACAGGACAUAAGUAUGACUUUUCCCUGAACUAAUGUAAACAUACAUCUCUUCUUAGUAAUUAAGUGUAUGACUUUUGCCUGAACUAAUGUAAAAAGGCAUCUCUUUAGUUACUAAGUGUAUUGUUUUUGUCUGAACUAAUGUAAACAUACAUUAAGUGUACGAAUUUUGCCUGAACUAAUGUAAGCAUACAUCUCUUAUUAGUAAUUAAGCGUACGACUUUUGCCUGAACUAAUGUAAGCAUAAAUCUCUUCUUAGUAAUUAAGUGUAUGAUUUUGCCUGAACUAAUGUAAACUUACAUCUCUUUUUAGUAAUUAAGUGUAGGACUUUUGCCUGAACAAAAAUAAACAUAUAUCUCUUUUUAGUAAUUAAAUGAAGUGACUUUUGCCUGAACUAAUACAAAAAAGGCAUCUAUUCUUAGUAAGCAUAUGACCUUUUUGUGAACUAAUAUAACUAGGCAUCUCUUUAUAGUUUGUACGUGUAAAGAGGCCCAUCUAGAAACUAUUUUACGUAAAAAAGAAUUUGCAUUUUCAAACCUCAAUCAUCUGCCUCGAAAAUAUAUUUUAGUUGUAAUUUAAUCUGUAAAGCAACAAAAUAUUUACGAAUUACAACUUACUGAAUCUCCCUCUAGGGAUAAUAGUCUCUGUACAAAAAUGUGUGAAAGUAAAUAUCAGUAUGACGUCUCAACACGGCAUCUGUCAGUUAAAGAAUUUGCCUCUAGAUUAAUGUAGUAUGUAUAGUAAUGUUCAAAUAUCAUGCAUGUUAGAUUGCCAGUUAGUGAUUUUUGAACGAAAUCCUAUGAAGUCAUGUUGCAUGAGUUCUGAGCAUCGCUGUACCUUUUUAAUGAUCAUUAAUAAUAAUAUCAUAAUUGAAUUUGCCUCGCAAGCAUCAUUAUAACAUUCCCCGCAGGAGAUAGUGUCAUCAGUGCACCUCAUGUGGUACACUGUAGGCAUUACUUAAGGUACUCUGCAGCGUGCCUUCGGCCCCCUAGAUGCAACCCCUUUCAUUACUUUUAACUGUACCUCAUUUCAUAUUAUCUUUCUUCAAUCUUACUUUCCACCGAAGCCAUCCCAACAGUGUUCCUUUAUAGAAAACUAAAAAAAACUAUCAUAGCUCUUUCACAAACUAGAAGCUUUAUUCCUCUGGAAAUUCCCUUGGAAAACAAACACUGCAUUGGCGAAAUGGGCUGUAAUGCUUCGUACGAGAAACGAGAAAUGUCUAAAGUGAAAAUAUGUACCCAGCAACCUUCUAAGGAAAACGCCAAUUCUUUACGGUAAGGUUAUUCCCAACGGGGAACUUCCGAGUUUAGAUGGAAUCUUUCACAAUGUUUAUUUAACCGGCCCUUUGGAAAGCCACCCAAGCAAGGAUAACCACGGCGCGGAGGCCAUAAAUCAGUGUCUCGGUGGACACGGGCCAGAUUAACCUUGAUUAUCCGGUCACAAGUUCGUCCUUAAAGGAGGAAUUUGAUGAAACUGGAGAUGGAUGUGAUUUGCUUAUUAUUAUUAUUAUUAUUAUUAUUAUUAUUUUUUUUUUUUUUUUUUUUUUUUUUUUUUUUUUUUUGCUCUAUCACAGUCCUCCAAUUUGACUGGGUGGUAUUUAUAGUGUGGGGUUCCGGGUUGCAUCCUGCCUCCUUAGGAGUCCAUCACUUUUCUUACUAUGUGUGCCGUUUCUAGGAUCACACUCUUCUGCAUGAGUCCUGGAGCUACUUCAGCCUCUAGUUUUUCUAGAUUCCUUUUCAGGGAUCUUGGGAUCGUGCCUAGUGCUCCUAUGAUUAUGGGUACGAUUUCCACUGGCAUAUCCCAUAUCCUUCUUAUUUCUAUUUUCAGAUCUUGA